AUGGCAUAUAAUUUAAACCAACAUAAACCACAUCCUGAUAUCAAAAUCGGUCUCAGGUUAAAUGAUGAAUAUGCUAAUACCUUAUUACCACGAAUAAAAGAGUUAUUACGUCAUAAACAUCAAGGAUUUCCCGGAUCUCGACCCGUUGAAUUUGAAUCAAAACAUAUUGAAUUGCUAGAAAAAGAAGAUUAUUUUGUAAGAGAUAAAACUUACGGGAAAAGAUAUAUCUUGUUUUUCACGGCCGUAGAUGGUGGCACAGCAUUCAUGAUGGACGAAUUAUGUAAAUUUCGAAUAUUAACUGGGUUCAAGUUACCAUUACGUUCAAAUCAUAGUUAUAUUCAUAACGAAACAAUGAUGGAUGGUGAGGUGGUCAUGGACACGGCAAAUAAACAAUGUUUACGAUAUUUAAUAUUCGAUCUGAUGGUUUUAAAUGGGAGUAUUCUUAUCGAAAGACCAUAUAGCAAACGAAUGGGAAUGCUGAGUCACGACGUUCUAGAACCUUUAAAUGCUGUAUUGGAAAAAAAUGUCGAAAUGAAAAAAAAAUUGCCUUUUACGAUGGAAAUAAAAUCAAUGCAAUUAUCAUAUGGACUGAUAAAUGUUUUAAAUGGAAAUGAUGAGUUAAUUUUCAUACCGGUAAAUCAUCCAUAUGAACCUGAAGCAUGUAAGAAACUCCUAUUAUGGAAACCUAUCACGCAGUUAACCGUCGAUUUCAUGAUUGAAGUACUAUAUAUCAAAGAAGAAAAAAAAUCUAUAUAUCAUUUGUUGAAAUUUGAUGAUAGGAAUCAUACGUUUUGUGAUCAAUUAACUCCAGAAUCCAAUAUUGCUAUUCAAUGGCAAGAUAACCCCCCUGAUCGUAAAAUCGCUACAUUCUGGUAUGACAAAAGUUGGAAGACAAUAAUACAUCAUGAAGGAGUGCCGCCGUACUCACGUGAUGGUGGAUGGAGGUUUUUAAGAUUUGUGCAUGAAAAGCAUAUAGCUGAUCAUGAAAGAAUAGUGGAACAUGUCUAUAAAAGAAUUCAAAACGCUGUAUCGCGAGACACGUUAGAAAAACGAAUAUCUAUUAUAAGAGAGAAUUGGAAACGAAGGCAAUCUAUACAACUAGGUGCUCAACCAUUGACAUCACCAACACCUCAAGUACAAACACAGUCAAUAAAUAAUGUAUUGUCUAAAAACAGAUUAGACUCACUUAAGUUAUAUAAUGAAUCGGAAAACCGCUUUGAAUUUGAAAAACGAUUAGUUGAUAUUCAAGAUUCUUCUAAGAAUAUAGGAAAAGGUCUAGUGGAAAUUAGUGAAUUAACUAUAAAAUCAGAUCUUUCUCCUAAAACUUCACCUAUACUUGUUCAUUCGAAGGAUCUUGAAGUAAUAAGAAGAAGCGAUGUAAUAAAUUUUGAAACUAAAAAACUAAAACAAAGUGAUGAAGAAUUAUCAAACGAUGAAUCUGAUAUUAAGUCAAAUGAUAAAGAAAACGAAAGUGAACAAGUAUUAUCUGAUGACGAUGUAGAAAAAACGUCAUCUGAUAAUGAUUUAAGCUCGAAACGGAUGUCAACUUCAAAAAACUUUUCAACAAUAACAGCGGAUGGUGAAACAAUUGAAUCAAAUGGUGUUAUGAGUGAACAAAAUUAUAUCCAUCAAGAAGAAUCUUCUACUGAAGACGCUAAUCCUUGGGGCCAGCCAGAAUCACAUGAAAAUCCAAUGUUAGAUAACUAUCAAGAAUAUUCAGUUGAUGAUUCGACUAUUAAUAAGGAUGAUGAUGGGGAGAGGGAACAUGAAAGAUUUAUUACGAGCAAUCUUAAUAACUCCAAUCUUCUUAGACCUAUACCUAGGCGGCAUACGUUAUCUGGUAUAAAUAAUCCUUCAUAUCAGCAGAAUAUUCCUAAUCCAUAUACACGUCAAAGGCAGAUGUCUGUAACGGUUUUCUCUUAUCCACCACCAAGACCAGAAUCAAGCAUUUCUUCCGCAUCACAUCCAAUACAUGACUUGCCUUUACAAUCUCCGAUAUCAACCAUUCCACAAAGAUCGUCGCAAAUUCCCGAAGCAUAUGGUAAUACAAGAUUUAUCCACAAUGCACCAUUACAAUCAUUUAAUCAACAACAUCGAUCACUAGUUAUUCAACAAAUACCACAACAAACGCCUGUCUUAAGACCCACACCUCAAAAACAUAAACUUAAUUUGGAAUUAGUUAAAGAUUUACUACAACUGACAUUCCUUUAG